AUGCUGCAAAAGUUUUUUUUUUUUCCGACGCAUAAUUUCUACUUUUUCAACGUGUAAAAACAAUUAAAAAAGUGAAAAAACACUGCUUAAAACAGUACUGUGCCGUGCGCCACAUCAAAACUCGAAGAAAAAGUGUUUCUGUGCUGGGAAAUAAUCGCUGAAACAUUGCUAGCGGCGUUUUGCAAAAAUCGCUUAAUUGGUUAUUGAAUUUUCAACCCCGAAGAAGAAAAAAAUCAAGAUUCCCUCAACUACAAGCUAACGAUAGUGGGAACGAAGUCGAGUUGGUAAAUUAAAUUGAAAUGAGUGAAUUUCAACCGCAACAGGGACAGAGUAUCAGUCAAUCCCAGGCGUUGGCCCAGGCGAUACAGCGUGCCAAGCAGAUAGCGGCUAAGAUCCAACCCAGCCAGCAAGCAGGCGGUCCAGGAGGACCUGGAGCAGGACCAUCACCACCAUCUGGUGGCGGAGGGCCGGGACCCGGCGCGGGCAACAGCUUCAAGAGGCACAACGACGACGGCGACAGCGGACCAGAGUGCAAACGCUCCUUUGGCAGUCCGGACUACGGCCACAACAAUAACUCGAACAUGAGCAGCAGCAGUGGUGGCGGUGGUGGUGGGGGAGGUGGAUCCGGUCCGGGUGGGGCAAAUAUUACGCAAGCUAUUGCCCAGGCCGCUGCAGUGGCCGCUCGCCUGGCGGCAUCGGCCGGCACAACAUGCGAGGAGCAAAUCCGCAUACCCGAAUCCAUAGCAAAUGCCUUCAUGGGACGUGGCAGCAACGACACCAUCACCCAUAUCCAGGCCGAGUCGGGGGCCAAGGUACAGCUGAUGCCGGAACAGGAGCGAGUCAUCACGUUGCGUGGCCAGCGGGACACUGUGUCCAAGGGUCGCGACAUGAUCCAGCAGAUGGCCAGCCGCGGUGGUGGCGGAACCGUAGAGGUGCUUCUCACCAUCAACAUGCCGCCUCCGGGCCCCAGUGGGUAUUCGCCCUACCAGGAAAUCAUGAUACCCGGUGCCAAGGUGGGCCUGGUCAUUGGCAAGGGUGGCGACACCAUCAAGCAGCUGCAGGAGAAGACGGGAGCCAAGAUGAUAAUCAUCCAGGACGGACCCAACCAGGAGGUCAUCAAACCGCUGCGCAUUUCCGGCGAUCCGCAGAAGAUCGAGCAUGCCAAGCAGAUGGUCUUGGAUCUCAUUGCCCAGAAGGACGCUCUGGCUCAGCAGCAGGGUGGUCGCGGGGGCGGUGGUGGUGGAGGCGGCAGCGGUGGCGGGGGGCCCGGCCUCGGCUACAACAACUUUAACAAUGGCAAUGGCGGGGAGAGCGUAGAGGUCUUUGUGCCCAAAAUUGCCGUUGGCGUUGUCAUUGGCAAGGGAGGAGACAUGAUCCGAAAGAUUCAAACCGAAUGCGGCUGCAAGCUGCAGUUCAUUCAGGGCAAGAACGACGAGAUGGGCGACAGGCGGUGUGUCAUCCAGGGCACGCGCCAGCAGGUCGAGGACGCCAAGCGGACCAUCGAUGGACUGAUCGAGAACGUGAUGCAACGAAAUGGACUCAACCGCAACGGCAAUGGCGGCGGCUCCCAGAGUGGCGGAGAAGGCAACUCCAAUUAUGGCUAUGGCUACGGCGUGAAUCAUGCCCAGGGCGGGCGUGAGGAGAUCACAUUCAUGGUGCCGGCAUCCAAAUGCGGUAUUGUGAUUGGCCGUGGGGGGGAGACAAUCAAGCUGAUCAAUCAGCAGUCCGGCGCCCAUACUGAAAUGGAUCGCAAUGCCAGCAAUCCGCCCAACGAAAAGCUGUUCAAGUCGAAGGGCACCACCGACCAGGUGGAGUCGGCCCGUCAAAUGAUUUCUGAGAAGAUCAACAUGGAGCUGACAGUCAUUGCACGCAAGCCCAUCGGUGGUGGUGGUGGUGGCGGUAGCGGUGGAGGCGGCGGUGGUGGAAAUGGCUCUGGAGGUGGACCCAGCAAUUCCCAUCACGGUCAGCAGCAGGGCGGCUAUGGUGGGCCCAAUCCAAUGCAAGGCGGAGAUCCAAAUGCCGCCGCCGCAGCAGCGUACCAGCAGCAGCAACAGCCCUGGGGUCCCUAUGGCCAGCAGGGAUGGGAUCCGUCAGCGGCCCAGCAGCAGCAACAAAUGGCAAUGAACGCCAAUCAGGGCGGUGGGCCUGGCGGCGCCGGUGCAAACGCUGGCCAGGACUACUCGGCCCAAUGGAUCGAGUACUACAAGCAAAUGGGCUGCCAUCGCGAGGCUGAGUUGAUUGAGCAACAGAUGAAGGCCAAGCAGGGAGGCGGUGCGCCUGGUCCCGGGCAGCAGGUGCCGCAGCAGCCGCAACAGCAGCAGCAAGUGCCACAGCAAGCACAGCAGCAGGCAGCGGGCGGCAACAGCGCUGACUACAGCGCCCAGUGGGCAGAAUAUUACCGCAGUGUGGGCAAGCACGAGGAGGCAGAGGCGAUUGAGAAGACGCUGAAGAAUAAGCAAUCACAGAACGGUGGACCUGCUGUUGGCCAAAGCAAUGCGCCGAAUCCCGGCCAAGGCGGUCCAAAUCCCGGCCAGCAGCAGCAGCCCAAUCCAGCGGCGGCAGCAGCGGCCGCUGCAGCAGCAGCCGGUGGCUAUGCACAAGGUAUGACUCCUAGCCAAUAUGCACAAUAUUCACAGUAUUACGCUGCUGCGGCUGCGGGUCAGCCACAGGCACCACCGCAGCCCGGCGGUGGUCCGCCCGCUGGUUAUCCCGGUGGAUAUCCGGGUGGUGGUUAUGGCGGCUACCCGGGUGCGCCGGGACAACAGCAGCAGCAGCAACAGAAGCCGCACAAAAAUGACAAGCAUUGAUCAAGUUUCGGGAUGCGAUGUGGCGAGGAGCGCGAAGUGGGCAUGGAAGUUGGAGUCAAAGUCGAAGUAGGAGGAAUAGGGAGAAGCUGUAGUCUGUAGCUGGAGUGGAAAAUGCUGCACUAAACGGAUGUGGCAGGUGCCUUGAAUUGGUGAUCUAUUGUUCUACUAUGUCCUAUGUCUUUUAUCCCCCCACAAGCUAGCAAAAAAAAAUAAACUAAAGUAAAAGUUUUUAAACCACAACAUGAGCGAAACGAAGAAGGGAUGAGAUAAGAUGAGACGAGAUGAACAGAGAAGAGAAGAUCAAAGGAGACCGGAUCAGAUCAUCAAUUAUAAAAACAAACAAAAAAUCAUUCAGCUUGUGGCGUCGCACUUUGCAUAAUUGUAAAUUAAUAUAUUAUCAACUGUCUAUUAUCUGAUAUUCCCUAUGAUUUCCCCAUUAGUACAUAAGAGAGUAUGCCACCCUGAAAAACCGAACUCUACUUUUAUAUUUGUAUUUAUAUUUAUAUAUAUAUAUAAACCUAAACCUAAACCUAAACCUAACUGAAGGGAAAGAUAUUGCCUCUGCUGUCCAUGUUCAAUAGCACUGAGCCACACACAAAAACACACACACACAGUAGAACCAAGCCAAGCCAGUCCAAUCCAAUCCAAUACGUUUUUGGGUGACAUCUAUAUCUAUCUAUUCUUUCCUCGUCAAGCGAAAUGAAAUGUGCGAGCGAGCGGCAGUCGAUCGGAGAGUGUUGAGAGCGUUCUUAUUUUACAAUUGAAAGACAACAUUUUUGAGAAUUCUCAAAUUGCAAUAACUGAAACAAAAACAUAUAGAAUUACAAUUAAUAUGCAUCCAUUUACUUACAUAUACUGAUUAGUACUAUAUAUCGAAUGUAGCUCAUAAAUGAUGAUCGUUUUUGAUACAUGAACAUAUUUCUCUCGUACUUAGCUUAGUGUUAGAUAUUACAAAGAAAAAACCAACCCGUUCAAGCAAUAUCUAUAAUCAUGGUGAUCUGGUAAGACUUUCUUUCGAUUUCCAAAAUGUAUACACGGAUAAGAUUUCUGUAAUGUGGCCUGAGAGGGAGGAGUUCUGAAAGUCCAGGGGCCUUUGGAGUGAUACCAAAUUGAUUUGAUAAUAACAAUAUGCAUACUCGUACAAUAUAUAACUUUCACCUUUCAGUUUAUGGACAAUGAAAUACUUAAUAGCCUUAUGAUCAACGCAACCCAGAAUUCAAUAAUAUUAGACUUGAUUUGGUACUCUAUUUAACUGUACUUUAUAUAGGAAAUCUUAACUGGCGAAACUCUUUUCAAUAUUUUCUUUAAACAACAAACAAACAAACAGAAAAACUCAUUUCCCAAGGUACAAGGAAUAAUAAAUAUCACACCAUAUAACUAUAUAUAUUUCAAUAUUUACAUAUAUUACCACCAUAUGCCACCCUAUAUUAUACAUACAUAUGCCAAACAUAUAUGUACUUUCAGAGGGGACAUUCUUCAAGGCAGUUCAUAACAGAAAUCCGAAAGCAAAACUCCAGAACCUUCACACUCUCUCUUAUAGAACAUGAACAGAUACGAAAUAAUUAAUUGUAAAAGUGUCAAGCUUGGUAAGAUCGUGUGUUCUUGUUACUGUCUCUAUAUGAAACAUAUUGAUAUACAAACUUACAUAUUACAUAUAUAUAUGCAAAUCUAACAAUGAUAAAAACUUACCCAUAUGAACGUUGGUCUACCAUAAUAUUUAAACAUUACUUUGAAUAAUCUAAACUAAGUUUUACGUCUCCCCAAUACACACAUCUGAAUGUUGCAACAGCAGAUGAACCAACAACAAUUUGUAAACGCUGGCCGGCAGGGCAGUCUCAGUCUCAGAGUCUUUGAGUGCUGAAUCUGCCCGCAGCCGACGAGACAUUGAAUAAACAUUUAAUAUAUAA